ACCAUGUUGGAGCAGCUCCGCCUGUCCGUGGAGGCCCCUGUGGUCUCCAGAAGCUGGGUGAAAUCUGCUGAUCUUUUCAUUGGCAUGGUCCUCAGUUGGGCUGUUGGAUCUUCUGUUCAUGAUCUCUGGAACAAGGUCUUUGUAUUCCCAGCAUCAUCGGCCACGGCCGUUGUGGAUCUCCAGGUCUCCAACCAGCAAACCUUGAAAGAGCUGACUGUCUGUUUGAGAUACUACACCCUCCUGUCCCGUCCGUACAGCCUCUUCUCUUACGCCACCCGGUCAAGUAGUAACGAUUUUCUGAUUAUCAGGUUCUCCCGCACUGACUAUUCUAUUUACGUUGGUGGGGAAGAUGUAAGUUUCAAAGUUCCUUUGAAGGAGAAACCCAGCUGGGACCACAUCUGUGUUUCGUGGGACUCCAGCAGUGGGCUAGUCCAGUUGUGGCUCAACGGAGAACCUCUCCCUCGACUGGGCCUGCAAAAGGGUUACAGCAUCAGCCCCCAGGCCUCCAUCGUGCUGGGCCAAGACCAAGACAGCUUCGGAGGGGGCUUUGACUUCAACCAAUCCUUCGUGGGGGAGAUGUCGGACGUCCACAUGUGGGCCCGGGUUCUAACGCCUGUGGCGGUUAAAUUGAUCUGGAACAGCAUCUCUCCUGUGGACCCCCUCAUAUACUGGAGGUCCCUGAGCUACAGCAUCAAGGGAGAGGUCUAUGUGGAGGAUUUCCUGGCUCCCCAACAUAUGUGAAAGAAAGAGAGAGAGAGAGAAAGAAAGAAUGUAAGAGAAAGAAAAGAAAAUUCUGCUUGGGGAAAAAAAAAUCUAUAUUUCUGCAAAGGGAUGCAAAUUGCUGAUUCUUUACAAAUGCUGGUAAAGAAUAUGUGAGCAUUAUACUUUCUUUAUCAAUAAAAUUAGAUUUUUUUGUGUCAC